GAAAAGGCAAAUCCAUCGUAGAUCUUUGUUGAGGAAUCUCUCUCUCUCUCUCUCUCUCUCUCUCUCUCUCUCUAAGCAGCUUCGACAUGUCAAAAUUCCCCGCCGACAUCUAGGGUUUCUAUCUCAACGCACUGUUCAUCAUCACUCUCUCACCUUAAUUUCAUGUGAUCAAUGCGUGGAGGUGUUACCAAGUUCAAUCCAAGUAGCUGAUAUAAAAGUUUCAAACGACACUUGAUCCUUCCACAAGAGCAAUUUUGGAUAUUUAACUCACUAAUCAAUUUGAUAUUGGAUAGUUUUGAAAGGGAGAAUCCUUCAAUAAAUUCCAAAUUCCAAUAGUCUUGGAAGGCGGAAUCCUUCAAUAUAUUUCAAUUUGAAUAAACCACCGGCUAGUUCAAUGACAGGAAAUGACGUGUCAUCUUAUCUAUUAAGUUUUACCUGACUCAUUAGUGUCCUUUGUGCAUCAAGAAAAGAAUUGGAGAAAAUCAAUGCAAUACACAUUGCAGCUUUGAUCUGAAUUUAAGUGGCCAAUUUUUGAGUGCUUCGAAAAUCGAAAGAGAUGCAUCAAAUCCUAGAUGUUGUAAAAAUGCUGUACAAAUGCCUUUACAUCACAAAUAUAGAUCUUUCGGUGUUUGAAGAAUAUACAUAGGCUUUGGAAGAACUAGACUUGUGUAUUUGUCUGACUGAAGAUGAAAAGCAUCUUUGUUAUCUUCUUGCUCAAAUAAACUUGACAUCAGUUUUCCUGCCCUGGCAUAUGCCCUCAUUAUUAAUACACCUACCAGUUGUGUGUGGCCAGGAAGAGUCUCCAUCUGAUUUGAGACUUGCAAGCCAGUGGCAUCGCUAAAGGUUUAUGUAUUUAGUAGGUUUUUGCAUUCAUUAAGAAAUGCUUAGAUUGAGUUUGAUGUAUCAUAUAAGAAAAAUAUGAUUGCGAGCAGUAAACAGUAUCAGAGGUGUUUGGUAUUAUGGCCAAAGCUUGUUAUCCCAAUUCAACCUCACAAAACUAUCUUCUCAUGAGUCAAUUUAUAGGACACCCAUUCAACCUCUACUCUUUGUCUCUCAAACUACUGCAAUUGCUGUGCUAUUUAGAUCCUCUUUCCAUGUUAAUCCGGUGUCAUCUGUGAAUUAUUCAUACUCGAGUUCUCCCAUUGGUAGUGGUGAGGUUCAUUUGGAAGUUGAUUUCAAGGCUUUUUUUUUUUUUUUACCUCAGAUGUGAUUUAAUUGGCUCGAGGACAUGGAGAAAAAAGGAUAACUUGGUGCUGCAGAGACCGUCCCACGUGUUGCAGGGAACAAAGAUUACGAAAAAUGUGGCAUGGAAAUCUAAAGCUUCACUCUAGGCUGUGUUAUUGGAGGUCAUGCAUAGCUAUGUUUUUUUAUUUGUUUUUGCCUCCUUGGCUAAAGUCCAGCCUCCAUUUCCUGUGGAAGGUGGAUUUGUUCUGCUGCAAUGUAGAAGGCAGUACUCCCUUCUCCCUCCUCUUAACAUAUUUAAUUCUAAGUAAAUGGGAAGUUUCGUUAUGAUUAAUAUAUUUGUAUUUGAUAGGAAAAAUCUUGGAGAUUGAAUCACUGCUGACUACAGAGAAAAUUAAUUAAAAAUAAAAUAAAGUAAGAUUAAAGCUCAAUAUCUGGUCCCAAACUCAGCUGAAAAGGUGAAAGAAACUCCUCCUCCCCAGACUAACCAUCCUGUUUGGAAAAUCCCCACAAAUCUAUUUUCUUUAUAACUUAUUUUCCUGCAAUAGGAAUUAAUCCCCACUUUUCCGUGAGAAUAAACUUGCAAAAGUGUUUUGGGCCUAAUUUUGAUAUUUGUGUCUGCGGUCUAUCAUAUAGUUUUAUUUUUUAUUAGGAUAACAAUGACUAAACACACUCCUUUUUACUAUGAGGCCUUAUAUUUUUUGGGUUUUAUUAUUGGGUGAUAUGCCCUGAUGCGCUCUCUCCUCCUUAUUGACUAAUCUUAUCGCGGUAUUGGAAGAAUCUUUGGGUGACUCUUUAUAAAUCUGGUUUGACUCUUAUGGUUUCACUCUUGCUUGCUUUGAAUGAAAUCUUCCACCUCCAAAUUUUGGAUUUUAUCUCUGACCUUACUUGAAGGUGGAAAAUGGAACAUGGAAAGCAGGGAGGGUAAAUGAAAGAGCACACUGCAUUAUUCAAAGAGAAGCUCUAUUGUUGACAUGAGUGGAACUGGCAGAAAGCACUCUUCAAAGUGGGAUUUGAGUGAUGAGCACAAAUUUUCACCUGGUAGCAAGCAAAUGCGGUCUGGACGGUCCUCUGCAGAUGUUGCUGGUAGCAAUAGUUCAGAAUGGGCUUAUUUGGAAGGAAAUGAUAAAUUAAGACCUGUUACGGGAUUUUCAUCAAAGGAAUCUUAUUAUGGAGGCAGAGGUUCAAAUGAGGACGAUGCUAUGCAUAAAGACCAUAGAGUUUUUAAUUCAAGAAGAGAAUGGGACACUGAUGGAAGUUACAGCAGGAACAUGAGACACAGUCAGUCCCCUAAAAAUGAUUGGAGCAGGAACAGUCGGAGCCGGAGUCGGAGCCCUCCUCGUGGUUUCAGGUGGGAUUCAGGAGUUGAUGGUAGAAAAAGGACGAGGGUUGGAGGAUCAACACGACCGUGCAGAGAUUUUGCUGUUGGAAAAUGUAGAAGAGGCAGUCAUUGCAAUUUUCUGCAUCAUGAUAACCAAAAUCGUGAGAAUAGUUGGGAAGGUAGGCCCAGGGAAGAUGGAGCUCCCAGAUACUCUGCUACCCAUGAGAGUGUUGACCAUUCUCUUAAGAGGGGUAGAUCUAAUGAAGCUUGUAUAAAUUUUGCAAAAGGCAGUUGUAGAAUGGGAGCAUCUUGCAAGUUUGUGCAUGAUUACGAUUCUGAUGGAUAUGGUAAAGUUUCUAUGGAUGAGUUCACUAGAGAACGGGAUGAUGAAGCUCUCAGAUAUCCUGCUACCCAUGAGAGCAGGGACCAUUCUCUUAAGAGUGGUAGAUCUAAUGAAUUCAUUAGAGAAAGGGAAGAUGGAGCUCGCAGAUAUCCUGCUACCCAUGAGAGCAGGGACCAUUCUCUUAAGAGUGGUAGAUCUAAUGAAUUCACUAGAGAAAGGGAAAAUGGAGGUCCCAGAUAUCCUGCUACCUACGAGAGCAGGGACCAUUCUCCUAAGAGUGGUAGAUCUAAUGAAUUCACUAGUGAAAGGGAAGAUGGAGCUCCCAGAUAUCCUACUACCCAUGAGAGCAGGGACUAUUCUCUUAAGAGUGGUAGAUCUAAUGAAUUCACUAGUGAAAGGGAAGAUGGAGCUCCCAGAUAUCCUACUACCCACGAGAGCAGGGACUAUUCUCUUAAGAGCGGUAGAUCUAAUGAUGAAUAUGGCAAAGUUUUUAUGGAUGAAUUCACUAGAGAAAGAGAAGUUGGCAGAAGGCACAGAGAUAAUUCUUUUGAGCACGGUGGCCGGCAUGUGCCUAACCGCACUAUUGAUGCUCCUUGCAAAUUUUUUGCUAGUGGAAAUUGUCGAAAUGGUAAACAUUGUAGGUUUUCUCACGAUACGCAAGCAUGUAGGAGCCCUAUUAGAAGAUUAAGGGAUGAUAGAUGGACAAGAAAUCCAAGUAGAGAUCAUCAAAUGUUGGAUAGACGAAAAUUGAGUGACUCCAUCAGUCCAAAUAAAAGGCUAAGAGAUGAUAGGUGGGGUUCAGAUAGUGACAUGGCUGAUCCAGAUAGAGUCGAGGACAGUCCAAAGCGGAAUGAUACAGUUUCUGGCUCUGAUGCAGCAAAGCUGAUUGAGAAUAAAAAUGGAAAUGUAGGUGCCACAGAGCCAGAAUUUACUGAUUUGCCUAUAACGGAUGGAUGGGGGCAUGGUUUAGAUAAGAGCGGGCUGCAUGCUAAACCACCAAUUUUGAGUGAUAAGAAGGAAGCUGAUAUUUGGAUAGCAGAAAAUACUGGUGCCAACAUGCAUGGUUCCCAGUCAAUAGGUACAACGGACAUUUGGCCGGGUGAUGCAGAAAUGUCUCCUGAUUGGAAUUAUAGGAUGGGAUCUUCCAGCCAUAUGGAAGAACAUAAACAGAAGGAACAUGAUGUAAGCCAGGGUGGUACAUAUCUAGCUAUCUCUGAACACAACGGAAUACAACUUGCUCCAGGACAAAACAUCAAUCAGAAUACAGACAAUGUAAAUCCUUUGCAUACUUCCAGCUACCAUGCAGUUGGACAAAGUCAAGUGGAUGUUCCCAUUCUUUCUUCAAGAGAAGGCAUUGUUGAUGCUAUACACAGCCAGGAAGUAUCUACUGAGCAAAAGUACACCGGAGAACCAAAUAUUAUGGAUUCAGGCUUAUCACAAGUUAGUUCAAUAAAUCCUCCAGUUCAAAACGUAGUAAGCAAUGAACAGCUUGCUCAACUCACGAAUCUCUCAGCCUCUCUGGCUCAUAUCCUUGGUGCAGGUCAGCAGCUGCCGCAGCUAUAUGCUGCUUUAAAUUCUCAUGAAUUGAAGGACAGUCCUUCCCAAGCAAAAACUCAAGUGCCUGCAAUGCCUGUUUCAAUCACAUGCAUCAAGCCAGAUCCUGCCGUUGAACUCCCAAAACAGUAUGAUCCAAUGAAUGAUAGUAUUGAGCAAAAGAAUGCUGAUGCAAGUGGUGUACCCCCAGCCAUUCCUCCAAGUAAAACUAUUGCUGAAGUAGAAAUUCUGUCACAGUUGUCUACCCCAGGAAGAGAAAACUUUGGUAAUUCAAUUAAGGGCGCCUCCUCAGAACAUGUCAAGAGUGAUAAUCUAAUCCAUUUGCAGCCUGGUCAAAACACGGUGGUCAAUAAGGAUAACAAUGAAGAGGUAGCUAGGGAAAGGAAAAAUUCUCAAGAUGGUCAUAAAAGUACCAAAGAGAACGGUCCUCAAAACAUGGACCAAAAUGCUGGACCUGAUGAUGCCAAGCAAACAAAGGAAAUGAAAGGAUCACGUGCAUUUAAAUUUGCAUUGGCUGAGUUUGUUAAGGAGCUUCUGAAACCAACUUGGAAAGAAGGUAAAAUCACUAAAGAAGAUUAUAAAACUAUUGUGAAGAAAGUUGUUGAUAAAGUAACGGGUACCAUCCAGGAGGCCAAUAUUCCGCAGACACAAGAAAAAAUUGACCAAUAUUUGUCAUUUUCAAAACCAAAGCUUAACAAACUUGUACAGGCAUAUGUGGAAAAGGUUCAGAAGGGUUAGUGCAAUUAUAGAAAUUUGGCUGCCAAGGCUGUUUAUUCUCUUCAAUGUGUACUCUUCCUAUUACUUGGAUUUGUUUUGCCCUUUGUUUGCGUAUCUUGUUCCUUUUCUUUGCAUCUCUUGCGUACGUUUAAGAGCUUUAUAUUUUGGCUUUAGUUUUUCUUCAUUGUUGCGGGAUAAAAUGUUGGUUAUAUGUAUUCUAAACCAUUAGUUUGUAACCUAAAUGUUAGGCAAUUGCAGUGGGUUUUUCUUUUCAAAAUCAGUUUUUAUUGUAAUAGUAGUAGACAGCCGUUUUUUUCUUUCGUUUCUGAAACAGAGACAUGGAUGAAAGCAAAUGAUCAUGAGGCUUUUAGAUUGGA